GGACGACAUUGCGCAAGGGGAUGCAGGGGGAGGUGGCUUCAGGUGAGGCAUCAAGGAUGGGACAGGAUAACACGAUAGAGCAAGUUGAGCAGAGGUUGCGCAAGACCGAGUUCGUACGCUCCGAGGAGCCAUGUGCAGUGCUGGACGAGGCUCUUCACGACGCCGCGGAGGACACACUGCCUGAGACCGCGGGCAUGCCUCUGCCCGAGGGUUCAGUUGAUGGCGUCGUGCACAUGUCCCUAGGUCAAGAGGACAUACAGGCGGGCCAGCCUGUGGCCUUUGAUGAUAUUCGACUACCGACAGAACCAGGGGGGAUAGCACCGACCACCGGGGGGAGAGAGGAUAUCGAGGGCGCCGCUUAUGUAAGGGGGUUGGAGGAGCGAGUUCAAGGUGAUUUGGUGGCCACCGUUGGGGAGGGUCCACAUGUCAAGGUCAAUAGCGCGGCUGGACACAUAGAGGAGGCGAUCGAUAGGCAUGGCAGAGACAAAGAGGAGGCGUCGCGGACUUUGGUGGUGCAUACGGCGGUAGGGCCAGAGGUGCCACAUCAGACCCCUUUUCCAGUUGAUCCAAGACGUUGUGCACAUGACGUUGUCCCGGUCGUAAAGCGAUGUGUAGGCAAAGGCAUGUUCGCACCUCCGCUCCCGCCUUUUGCACCCUCAUGCGAGAGGACACAGUCAAGGUAUGUGCCUCAGUCGCAGGGCACCCUUGCAUUCGGCUGUAUGACUGCUGAGGAGUUGGAGGGGCACAGCGGGACAGAUUACACGGAGAUCGACACUCGUAUGUUCAUGGGAUCUCUGCCGACGGGGAUUAUUGCCUCAUGCACAGGACUUGUCUAGGGCACCAGCGAGCCCAAGCUUACCUUAUG